AACCCUUUCUGGGAAGAAUGAGGUUGUAUAUCUCACAACGAAGUAUUAGUAUUAGCCUUCAUUUCUAAAUACUGGAGUCCAAAUGAUAAGGUCCAAAGCUACUACAAGAAAAUCUUUGUUUACCCCACGGAUCUUAUUUUCAUGAGAAAAUGCCGACAACACAGAAAACAUUGAUGUUCCUGUCCAGCUUUGUCACCAGCCUUGGAUCUGUCAUCAUAAUUUGCUUGAUUCUCGGCACACAAGCAUGGAUUACCAGUACACUUGCAACCAUCGACUCUUUUUCCAAUGGCAGCGUUAUCAUCACGUAUGGUAUUUUUCGUGGUAAAAGCACUCAAGAAUUGACUCAAGGACUUACUGAACCAGAUAAAGAUUUUGAAGUUUUUGGGAUAUUGAACAAUUCUCCGAAGUCUCUGCAAAUGGCGACCCUCGUGUUCCUGGUCCUCAGUUUGCUCACUUCACUGCUGAGUUCUGCAUUUACCUUCUACAACAGCAUCAGCAACCCCUACCAGACAUUCCUGGGCCCAAUGGGUGUGUACACCUGGAAUGGAAUCAGUGCAUUCUCUGUUUUCCUGGCAAUGCUACUAUUUGUGGGGAACACACAGUCCAGUCAACUUUCUGAAGAAUUGUCCCGGGAGCUUUAUCCAGGAAUCACAAUCAAAGAAGCGACCCACAGUUAUGGAUACUCAUUUUGGCUCAUACUACUCAUCAUUCUCCUAAAUGCAGUCACUGUGGUCAUCAUCUUUUUCUACCAGAAAUCCAGACACCAGCAGAGGCAAGCGGAGAGAAAGCCAAUGGAAUUUGCUCCCAGGGAUGGAAUUUUAUUCUGAGUUUCAUUUUAUGUCAUUUGGCAUUGUGUCUGUUCCAUUUCACAUCAGUUUCCCAAACAGUAGCUGGUUAGUUCUGUAACCAUCAGUGCGGUAAAGUGACUGUCAUUCGUGGUAGCUUUUAUAUCCUGUGACACUGUGUUUUUCAUGGAUACUGUCUCCCCAUCAGAAUAGGGGAGAUGGAUGGAAAAAUGUUGUCUGUCUAGGUAGUAUUGAGAGGAGCAGAAUGAUUAUGAGCCUGGGGAUCUCUCCAACCUGGUCUCACACAAAAUAAUAAAGGUUUGUGAUCUACACCUCUACUUUGAUGAGCUCAAAGCACUGUAGCAUCUAUGACCUCAUAGUCCUCAGGAGGGACCAGGUACUUUUGUUCUACCGUAUAAUGAAGACUCAUAUGUACAGAGAUAUUCAGAACUUGUCUUUCCAGGACCAGGGUUUGAAGCCAAAUGGAGAGACUCAUGAAAAAAUGGCCUGGUUUGUUUGCCUGGUUGUUUUUUUUUUUUUUUUUUUUUUUUUUUUUUUUUUUCUGUAGCCUCAGUUGCUGUCAUAUAGUGAAACUCAGUUGUAUGUGGUAGAUAGAUACAUAAUCCUCAGAUUCCUUCUUGAGGUUCUACAGUGCAGUUUUUGUGGGAUGACAUUAGAUGUGAGAUCAGGAUAAAUAGGAAUAGCUAAAGCUGGGGCUUUAGCUCAGCGGCAUAAGUGCCUGCCUUGCAAGCAGGCAUCGUGAGUUUGAUCCCUGGUACUGAUAAAAAUGAAAAAGACAAAAAAAAGGAAUCAAAGCCCUAUGAUCUCUUUAUCAAGGAGAAUAUAAGCAUCGUUUUCAGUUUCACAGAAUUGUGGCAAAAUGAGUCAAAACAGAAAUAAAACAUUUUAACAAGUUCCA